AUGGUUUCCCAAACAGUCAACGUUUUGUUGACCUCAUUUCCCGGAUUGAACUUACCAUCAACUCUAUCGCUACCGUUACCUACCACAACAACCAUCACAGAGCUUCAAGACAAACUUUACGAGCGCAUACCAUCUCAAGAUCGUCGCCUCAUCCUCACGACUAUCUCAAACAAACUACUUUCCGCCGAAUUAUCCUCCCCAAUAUCAGAUUUGUUAUCUAAUCCAGACGAUGAAUUCCUAUCUUUACGACUCUCAGCGCGAUUAUGUGGUGGCAAAGGUGGUUUCGGAUCCCAACUUCGUGCUGCAGGAGGUCGUAUGUCAUCGAAACGUAAGAAGGGCCAAGGUGAUCAAAAUGGAUCAAGUCGAAAUUUGGAUGGUCGUAGAUUAAGAACAGUCAAUGAAGCAAAGGCAUUAGCUGAAUAUCUAGCAAUCAAACCAGAAAUGGCUAAGAAAGAUAAGGAAGAGAGAAGGAAACGAUGGGAACAAGUUGUGGAAUUGGCAGAACGAAGGGAGCAGGAAAUUAAGAAUGGAACGAAGGGAAAAGUAGAUGGUAAAUGGGUUGAGGAUAAAGAGGAAGCUGGAGAGAGAACGCGUGAGGCUGUCAUUGCGGCUAUGAAGGCUGGAGAUUUUAAGGAUAAUUUGUUGGCAACGUCUUCAGGUAGUGGCUCAGGGACCGACGGCUCUACCAGUGAAGAAGAUGACGUUAUGGGUGGCACAGACUCGAACGAUACGACCGCACCCUCUGAAUCCGCACCUAGUAAACCAAAGGCUAUGAGUUUCUUUGGCUUUGAUGAAGAUGAUGAGUUCAUGAGCGAUGACGAGGAAGAAGACGAGGAAGAAGAAGAGGAGGACGACGAGAAGGACGACGUUAAAGCCAAAGAGCCCGAGGUCCCGGAGGAAGAAGAAGAAGAGGAGGAGGAAGAGGUUGAAGAGAUUGCCAAAGAACCAACACCACCUCCAGCUCCUGCCCCAACCAAAACUAAAGGCCGAUCAAAGAUCCCCGUCAAAGCUCCCACAAAAGCACCAGCAUAG